CAAACAUCAAGCGCUGCGUGUUUACGUUACUUGGAAUUUCUCUGAGUGUUGUUUGUGUGAGUGUUUGUGUUUAGUUGAUCAUCAUGACGUCACAGGCUGACGGGAUGUGCUCCAGACACACGCAGGACUCAGAGCUCAGCCUCACUUUACUCUGUUAUACUGACACAAACCCCACAGACGCUCAGGACACUGUGUGUGACAGUAAUCACACCUUGAAUCAGGAUGAAUCUACUGAUCAAACCUCCACAGAGUCUCUGGAUUCUGUCUGUAACGCUGGAGAACAGCAGAUCCUGAACAACAUACCAAUGGACAUUUGUGUUGUCAAAGUGAUGGCUGAUGGGAGCCUGAUGGAGAUUAAAACCGAACCCACAUCAGAGGAAGAGACAGAAGUAACUGAUGAAGAUGAUGAUGAUUUAGUUUAUUCAGAUGCGAGCGGUGAUUCAUGUCAUGAUGGAGAAACGGCCUCUACAUCAAAACACACAGAACAGAAACUCUUCACCUGCACCAGAUGUGACAUCAGCUUUCCUACCUUACAAGAGAAGAAACUUCAUUCACAAGAGCACAGAGACGAGAAACACUUUCACAGUGAAAUGUUUGGGAAGAAUUUUAUCACAACUUCAUCUAAUAUGAAACUCCACAUGAAGACACAAACUGGAGAAAAACCUUUCCACUGCAGUGAAUGUGACAAAUAUUUUAGCACCAAAGGAACUCUUGUUGCUCAUCAUAAGAGAGUUCACACGGGAGAAAAACCGCACAAGUGUCCUCACUGUGAGUGGAGAUUCAGCCAUGAACCUCAUCUGAAGAAACACAUACGUGUCCACACCAAUGAGAGACCGUAUGAGUGCAGUGAAUGUGGUAAAGGCUUUAAGGAUUCAAGUUGUCUAAAGUCACACCAGAGAACUCACUCUGAGGAGAAACCCUAUCAGUGUUCACACUGUGAUAAACGCUUCCGUGAAAAAGCCCAGCUGGUACGUCAUGAGAGAGUUCACACUGGAGAGAAGCCUUACAUCUGCUCUGACUGUGGAAAGAGAUUUGCUCAUCAUAGUACAUUUAAAGCUCAUCAGAGAAUUCACACCGGAGAGAAACCUUAUCACUGUAAUGUUUGUGGGAGAAGUUUUAGCCGCCAAUACGUUUUAAUAAAACACCAGAGAAUUCAUACAGGUGAAAGACUUUAUAAAUGUUCUCAGUGUGACAAGACGUUUGCUCGAUCAGAUGGCCUGAGAACCCAUGAGAGAGUUCACACUGGAGAGAAACCUUAUCACUGCUCCAUCUGUGGAGAGAGAUUCGGUUAUUUAGGAACUUUUCAGACUCAUCAGAAGAAACAUGCUGAAGAACAAACUGCUCUGGUCUGUGUGUGUGUUUGUGUUGAGAUGUUGAAGAUGACGUCACAGAUGUGCUGUAAAUCAGUGGGAACUGAUCUGUCCAUGCUGGAUAUUGAUGAUUUCAUCACAGAAAUCUGUCAGCUGAAGAAAGAGGUGAAGUUACUGGAGGAAAAGCUGAGGACAAGAGGAGAUGAACUCAACACAGAGAUUGUGGUAAAGGUCGAGUCAAACCCCACAGACGCUCAGGACACUGUGUGUGACAGUAAUCACACCUUGAAUCAGGAUGAAUCUACUGAUCAAACCUCCACAGAGUCUCUGGAUUCUGUCUGUAACACUGGAGAACAGCAGAUCCUGAACACCAGACCACUGAACAUGUGUUCUGUCAUACUGAUGGACUGCAGGAAACUGAUGGAGAUGAAGACUGAACCCACAGUAAAGGAAGAACAGACUGAUGAAGAUGAGAAUCAUGAUGAUUUUAUUUCUUCAGUCAAACUGGAAAAUGGCUGGAACCUGGAGAUGAAAAAAGAACCAAAUUCAGACAAAGAACAGAUUGAUGAAGAUGAGAAUGAUGAUGGUUUUAUUCCUUCAGAUGAGAGCGGUGAUUCAUGUGGUGAUGGAGAAACGGCCUCUACAUCAAAACACACAGAACAGAAACUCUUCACCUGCAGGAGAUGUAAGAUCAGCUUUCCUACCUUACAAGAGAAGAAACUUCAUUCACAAGAGCACAGAGACAAGAAACAGUUUCACUGUCAGCAGUGUGGGAAGAGUUUUGUCUCGUCUUCUAGUCUGAAAGUUCACAUGAAGACACACGGUGAUGAAAAGUCUUUCCACUGCAGUGAAUGUGACAAAUAUUUCAGAAUCAAAGGAAAUCUUGUUACUCAUCAGAGAAUUCACACGGGAGAAAAACCGUACGCGUGUCCUCACUGUGAGAAGAGAUUUAACCACAAACCUCAUCUGAAGAAACACAUGUGUGUCCACACCAAAGAGAGACCGUAUGAGUGCAGUGAAUGUGGAAAAACCUUUUCACAGUCAUAUACUCUAAAGUCACACCAGAAAACACAUACUGAGGAGAAACUCAAUCAGUGUUCUCACUGUGAUAAACGCUUUUGUCAGAAUUCUAAUCUGAUAAUUCAUGAGAGAACUCACACUGGAGAAAAACCUUAUCACUGCAGUGUUUGUGGGAAGAGUUUUUCUCAACAUGCAAACUUACUAAAGCACCAGACAAUUCAUUCUGGUGAAAGACCCUUCAAAUGUUCUCAGUGUGACAAGACAUUUACUCGAUCAGAUGUCCUAAAAAUCCAUGAGAGAGUUCACACUGGAGAGAAACCUUAUCACUGCUCCAUCUGUGGAGAGAGAUUCACUUAUUUAGGAAGUUUUAAUUCUCAUCAGAAGAAACAUGCUGAAGAACAAACUGAACUGGAAUCAUCAUAGGGUUAUGUGGCCACCCUUCGCAGUUGGGGGACUUUAAGUUGAUUCACAUUUUAUUAUAUAUUUGCUUCAAUGGCAUUAAGCUCUGUGAUGGACUGGCCACCUGGUCUGAGAUAGCCGUAAUGGGCUAUAGCAGCAGUAACUGAGGAUUGAUGGAUUAUUCAAUUAUUUCAAUUGAAUGUAUUUGUGUCUGAUCUGCUUUAUAUGCUUAAAGUAAUAGUUUACUUCAAAAAUUUACUUACUCUUUAUUUUACACAGCCUCAAGCCUUCCUAUGUGUAUAUGAAGCAGACCACAGUUGGUCAUAAAGUAAUGUUUCCUGUAGCUCAGUGGUAAGAGCAUUGCGUAGUCAACGCAAUGUUGUGGGUUCGAUCCCAGGGGAUUGCAAAUACCUAUGUAAAAUGUAUAGGAUAAAGCAAUGUAGGUCGCUUUGGAUAAAAGCGUCUGCAAAAUGCCUAAAUGUAAAUGUAAAUGUAAUGUAAAUGUAAUGUCACGUUGAAGAUUAAGUGGAGACGUCUUCAGGACAUACUGUGUUUACUGGGAUAUGAAUAACUUUUUGUAACUUAUAUUUUUUUUAUAUUCAGUGUGCAAAUUAAAAAGAAUAUAGAUUUGUUUUC